UAGAAUCAGUUCGACAUGCGUAUUACAAUAUUCUCACCAAAAACUAUUCAAGAAUUCGCAAAACCGAUGUGUUCCUUCAAUUAUUACCGUCUGAUCUUUUUCUCUGCCCUACUUGUGAGUUUCCUGGGGCCGCAGCGCUAUGCUAGUGCUGAUCCAACCGACGGAUUUACACCAGUUCCAUUGCAGAAUGGAAAUUUUGUACUUGAGAAACCAUACAACGUGCCGCUGACUGAUCGUUACAGCCAUGUGGAUGGAGUUAACAAGCUUUGGGUAUACAACCAUGACAAGCCCUUCAAGCCAGGAAGCGACACCCGACCUCGCACAGAGAUUCGUAUCAAAGGAUGCGACUAUUCAUCGGGAGUAUGGCAGUUUGAGGGCUACGCUUAUGUGCCAAGAGGCACUUCUGGGGUAACCAUUAUGCAGAUCCAUGGUGCAGCAGAAGGGGCUACGACGUUGCAGCUAAGGAUUUACAAUGGGGUCAUGAGGUACUACAAGUACGACCUGGUGGCUACAGAUCUGUACGACAAGUGGUUCAGAUUGAACGUGAUCCACGAUGUGGGCAAAGGCAAGUUGACUGUUUUCAUUGACGGCGAACAGAAGUAUGAAGGGCACGACCAGGGACCGGGAGACCUCUAUUUCAAGUGCGGGGUCUAUGCAGCACCGGAGAAAUCUAGCAACUAUAUGGAAUCGAGAUGGAGAGACAUUAAAAUUUACAAAAAAUGAUGGUGUUGAAGUUGUGAUUGUUGGUUUGCUAUGUGACAGCACUUGCUCUUUUAUAUGUACCUUGUAAUAUGAAGUACUUAAUAGGGUGGAGACACUUUAAUCGUAUCGAUAUUUUAUUAAAUAUCACACGGUGGAAUUACAUAGAAAAUUUCUUAUACAUGUAUUA